GUGCAGGCAAUGCUCCCUUCUGCCACAGCCUGCAUAGGAUACCAUCCAGACACCAGAAGUGGCAUAGCAGCUGCUUCACAACUAUGUUCCCGCACAGCUUUGACUACAACCAGCCGAUGAGAAAACGUUGAGAGGAAGGAGACAUGAUGGGACAACUCCCAGAAGAUGUGGUGGGUGGCUGCACCACUGAGGAACUGGAAUGCAAGAUCUGCUACUGUGCUUACAGCCUUUCAAGCCGACGUCCCAAGGUACUUGAGUGCUGUCAUUAUCUGUGUGCCAAGUGCCUUGCAAAAAUCCUUGAUUUAGGUGAAUUUUCACCCAGUGCCGUGGUCUGUCCAUUCUGCCGCUUCAUCACGGACCUUCCUGGAGAGGCAGUGGAAAGUCUACCAGAUGAGUGCAACCUGGUGUCAGCACUGUCCAUCCAGACGCGGAAGCUUCAGAACCUGAAGGAGACCCGAAGCGAGAUUCUCCUCAGCCCCAGACAUCUCACCUCCCUUGUAGGUCACUCUACCUCAGCUUCACCUACUUCGAUUCGUUCCAAUUACGUGGUCUUCACAAUUAUGGAGCCCCAACAGGAGUCUGUAAUUCCUUUGCAUGGCCCAGCUCCAGGAAGGGAUUACCGCUCUUCCAGCCUGGACUCCAUGGCCUCCAUUACACAGAGAUGGACGGUGUGGAACUGUGCGGCCCUGCUAUUCCAAACCUCAGCCAGGGCUCUGGUCUGGUUGCUGGGGCUGCUGUACUUCAGCUCACUGCCCUUGGGUGUCUACUUGCUAAUCAUGCAGCAUACCACAAUGGGGGUUUUGCUGGUCAGUCUGGUACCCGUCAGUCUUCUUAUUAUCAUGGUGUAUGGCCUUUGCCAGUGCCUGUGCCGUGAGCUGUGGGACUGUGUACCACCUUAAAGACCAAAGCAAAGGAAUAUAUGUAACUGUUGAGUGGAUAAAUUGUGAUUGGAUGUGCAGAUAGUCCUGAAGGUUUGUAGAAACUUAUGAAUCCAGAUAAAGAAUUCUCCCAUUCAUUCCAGAAUUCAUGGAUAAAUAAUGUGCACUUAACUGAAAGAAGAAAAAAAACAUAAAUGUCAUACAAAGUUCAUAGAUUUAAUUUAGUAACACAACUUAAUGUCAUGUUGCAAUAAUAUUAAAUGCUAAAAGUUCAACUUUAGGAUAUAAAAAAUAAGUCUUAUCCACUUUGACAGAAUGAUCCCAGCAUUUUAUUAUAUAACCUAAAAAAAAUCUGUAUAUAACUGUUUCAUGUGCCUGCCUUUUCCUUGGUAGGGUGAAAUUAACAAUUCAAUAACAAUGUCUGCUGUAGGUUAACUGAUGUAAGUUUUCACUGUCUAAAACAUUAACUUACAAUAAUUCUGUUAGAUAUGUCUAAUGCCAGUCAUUGGGUGUUUGCAAUAGGCAUAAAGCCCUUAACCUUCAACAUAUUAGAUACUGAAUAUGUUGUAGGGUAAAUAAAAUAUUUGAAUAUAGUGUAUGUGAAGCAUGGCUUUGUCAGAUACAUGUUUUUACUCAUCAAAAUAAA